CGCAAAACCCUUCUUUCCUUGCUAUUGUUCCCGCCGGCGCUCAGUGGCGACUCGCAAUAACGGCGAACGGACAGCAACGGCAGCAGAGGACAAGACAACUAAAGUUUCCGGUAAGCUUAACUGCUCUUUUUUUUGUAGCGUUCACCCACAAUAAUUUUUGAACUUUUUCUCACCCUUACUCUCCUCAUCCGCCGCUGAUCAGAAAGGGCAACGACGGAGGCGGAGGACAGACUGACGGCGACUGCGGCCUGAGAAGUGAUUAGUCUCCUGGGUAAGCCCUCAGCAUCUUCAUAAUGAUACUUGAAGCCCCAUUCUGAUGAGUUCGUUCUACCCAUGUCCUGCAAUUUUGCUUUUUGAUUGACAUUCGAUGGUUCAUUCUCUCCUUCCAAGUUGCCAACUUUGUUAUUAUACACACUUAGAUGUAUUGAUUCUCGACGCUUUUGUUUGAAAUUUUCAGUGGGACUGAGUUAAAAUGGCACCAACCGCGAAGAGGCCUCACCGGAAAUUGGUAGCUAGGCCAGUGACAUUCUCCCCAUUUGCACGCUCAGCUGCUCACAUUGCCUCAGCUUACAUGAGUAAGCGUCAGAUGAUCGAGAACAAACUCCAUGAAUUUUGUCAACAUGCUCCAAAUGGUGAGUGUAACGACAAGAGAAACAUAGAUGAGACCGGAAGCGAUUCCGAUGGAGAAAGUUCUGAAGGGGUUGUGCAAGCGGAUUUUGCCUUCUUUGAUCCAAAACCAGAUGACUUUCAUGGAGUGAAGACUUUACUUCAAUUUUUCCUUGAUAAUAAGGAGUGGAAUUUGUGUGGUUUUGUGGAUUUGAUACUUGAACAGACGACAGUUGGGACGGUGGUUAAACUGGAGGAUGAUGAUGGUGAUGGGCUUUUCUCAGUAGUGACGGCCUUAAACUUGGAGAGAUACAAGAACCAUAAAUGUAUGAAGGAACUGGAGGAUUAUGUUCUAAGUGUCGGCCACGAAAGUAACCUUGUGGACCAGUUGAGAGUACUAUUCAGCAAGAAAGCUCGGGAUGUUGGUCUCUUGGUCUCACAACGAGUGGUUAAUCUUCCUGCCCAGCUUUUGCCACCUCUUUAUGAUGCGCUCUUUGAUGAAGUGUCAUGGGCUGUGGAAGACGAGCCGACAGAGCAGCUUCGGAACUCCUUCCGCUUCAAGACCUAUUUGAUUGUUACUAAAAUUUAUAUGCAUAAGAAAGCAAAUGGUAAACUGGGGAAAAAGGCUGAUAGUGAGGAAGAGCCAGUAAUAUAUGUGAAGGCUGAGGACGAGCUUUUUCACGAGAUGUCUUCAUGGUCGUUCAGUUUCCCUCUCAAAAUCCAGCAUGUCACCACAAGUGAGCUGAAGAACUACGUGUCAAUGGGGUUGGUUAUGGCGGUCGAAGCAGACAAAACCCCUACAUUCCGAAAGCAGUUGCGCUCUCUGAUCGAUGAUGAACCCUGAGGGUACUGCUAAGGCAGUUUAAUCAUAGUUUUCAUUUUGCAACUCAGCUGUAAUUGUUAAGGGAUUCUAGUGUUUUUACUACUUCUUCCAAUCAUGUGAAGGAAUUUGAUUUCUCGACCGCAAUACCAAAAGUCACUAUCCUAUUCAGGACUAAAAUUUUGGAGUUAUA